CAUAACGAAUUGAACCCUAUUUUGGGUAAUACCCCACCCAGCCCUUUCCUUUUCAUGGCAUCAAUGUAUAUCUAGAUUUAAGAUCGAUUUAGGUUGCGGUAACAAGGGUGAAAAUAACAACGAUAAUCCUAUCACUAAUCUUAGCUCAUUUCUGUGUUAAGGGGGAACUGUUGGUGAAUGUCGACAAACAAAAUUCAUCCUUUCUUUUCCUUUUCAUUUGGAUCCUAUUUUGCAUAUUUUUCUUCUUUUUUCCCUUUCAGAUCUGUUUUUUUUUCGUUAUUGCUUAUGAUUUCCUUUUGUGUUUUUAUUUCAUUCUAGGUGGUAGCUACUGUGAGCAUUACAUUUAUUGUGGUGUCCACCAUUGCCCUGACUCUAAACACUCUCCCCGAGUUUCAAAGUAUCGACCAAGAAGGCAACCCCACAGAUAACGAGCAUUUGGCCAUGGUCGAAGCCAUCUGUAUUACUUGGUUCACAUUAGAGUAUGUUCUCAGGUUUGCUAGUAGCCCUAACAAAUGGGAGUUCUUCAAAGGAGGUCUGAAUAUUAUCGACUUAUUGGCCAUUCUCCCCUACUUCCUCUCAUUGUUCCUCAUCGAAUCCAACCGUUCGUCCGAAUCUUUUCAAGAGGUGAGACGCCUGGUUCAGAUCUUCAGGAUUAUGCGAGUGCUUCGGAUCCUCAAAUUGGCUAGACAUAGCACAGGCCUUCAGAGCUUAGGCUUCACCAUUCGAAACUCGUACAAAGAGCUCGGUCUGCUCCUUCUAUUCCUGGCUAUGGGCGUGCUCAUCUUCUCCAGUCUAGCCUACUUUGCCGAGCGGGACGAAGAGGACACCUUGUUCACGAGUAUUCCAGCCACCUUCUGGUGGGCGGCCAUCACCAUGACCACCGUGGGAUACGGUGACAUGAUCCCCCACACCAUCAUCGGCAAGUGUGUCGGUACAAUCUGCUGUAUCUGUGGCGUGCUUGUGAUUGCUUUACCCAUUCCAAUCAUUGUGAACAACUUUGCCGAAUUCUACAAGAACCAGAUGCGACGUGAGAAGGCAUUGAAAAGGAGGGAGACGCUCGAGAAGGCCAAACGGAGCGGAAGCAUCGUUACCUCAAGAGACAUCAAUCUCCGGGACAAUCUCAUGAAAAGCAUGGCUUUGGCUGACGUCAUCAACGAACAAGGUAAAGAUUCUCCCCCCACCGAAGACCGAGGGGCCGGGUCGACGACGAGGGAUGCUCGAAAGAGGUCAAUCCAAAUUGGCACAAAAGUUUACCAAGCGGUUUCCACCUCGAUGAGCCCGUCGACGACAUCGACCUCCUCGCCAACACACAUCUCACAGGCCUGAUCAGACGGCCAUAACGAAGGAUGCAGUGACUAACACUUGAAUAUCAUGAAGACGAUGAUGACAACAAUAACGACGACGACCAAAACCAGAGCAACGAAUCCCAGCCAAACUCACUCCAAAAGGACAACCUGAUAGCUUCAUCCGUGUCUUUAAAUUCCGGAAUGACGUUUUUCCAUUAAGGACUCCCUUUUCCCUUUUACUAAUGGCCUUUGAUUGUGAUAAAUGUGAUCAACUAAUGAACUUGUGAGCGAGUGCUUGCCUGCCUGAAUGCCUGCCUGCCUGCCUGUCUGGCUGACUUAGCUAUUGAGUGAGAGAAGGAGAGAAAAAAAGAAAGUAACAGUUUCUGUUCCGAGUGCGUGUUUCGGUCUUUUCCCUGGCCGGGUAACUUCUGAAUUUGGAUCAACAGCAUCAUAAGGACCUACUCCCAUCAAAAUCAUGUGACCUUCUUCUUACUUGAUUUGAUUCUUGUUGUUUUGCUCAAGAAACCGACAGGUCACCCUGUUGAUGUCCAUGGAUACAAAAUGAACAAAAUUGGCUGUUACACACAUACUCAUCGAAAGUCUUACAAGAUUCAAUUCGUUUUCUAUAUGUCAUCGCGAUUUUCUUAAAAUAACAACAUGUGUUGAGCGUU